AUGGUCGGCCACGGCACCUCGGGGAUGCUUGGAGAAGAUGGCAUCCACGUCGAUAUGAACCACCUGAAGAGCGGCGAGGUCAACCUCGGUACCUCGAUUAUGGCCAUCAACUUCAAGGACGGCGUGAUUCUCGGCGCCGACAGUCGAACGACAACCGGAGCUUACAUCGCCAACCGAGUGACGGAUAAGCUGACGCAGGUUCACGAUACCAUCUGGUGCUGCCGAUCCGGGUCGGCAGCCGAUACGCAGGCCGUGGCGGACAUCGUUUCCUACCACCUGAACAUGUACUCCAUCGUCAACAACGAGGCGCCCAGCACCCAGGUGGCGGCGUCAUUGUUCCAGGAGCUGUGCUACGAGAACAAGGAUAUGUUGAGUGCCGGCAUCAUUAUCGCGGGAUACGAUCCCCGACAUGGCGGCCAGGUGUACUCGAUACCGUUGGGAGGAUCGCUACACAAGCAGGCCUACUCGAUCGGCGGGUCGGGCUCGACUUACAUCUACGGCUACUGCGACGCGAACUGGAAGGAGAACAUGACGGAGGAAGAGGGCAUCAACUUCGUGCGAGGAGCGCUGCGGGAGGCGAUCAAAUGGGACGGCAGCUCGGGCGGCGUUAUCCGUCUGGUUGUGCUGACGUCGAAGGGUGCGGUGAGACAUCUCUACCUGCCGCACAUCGACUACACCGGCCCUGGCGUGACCAAUUGA